GCACGCGUUUCAGUGCCCAUUCCUCUCCAGCUGCCCACCUGGAUGGACCUUCCUGAGGAUUCCUGGUCCGAUGUCAAAAGACUUAACCUAGGAAGCACAUUGUACCCUUCCAAAAUCAAAGAACCGGACAGCUCGUCCUCGUCCCCCUCGUCUUGCUCUCAGGGGGACCUGAGUUCCAGCAGAGCUCACCAGUCGGACACUGAGAGGAACCAGUCUCUACAGGAAGGCAGGUCGGCCACAACUACCCACCACCUCGGUCUUACCCAUUUCUCCACCCUGCCCAACCCGGAAGACAUCAUACUUUUCAGGGAUUUAGAUCACAUCAACAAACUGAUCCUACCCAACAGGGAACCAAGGUAUAGUGCUUUGUCCGAACCUCAAGGGGACAUGUACCAAACCCUGACAAUAACAGCGACUCAGGGACCUGUCAGCUACGAUGGGUCACCAGGAAGCUUCAUGCACUCCUCUGCCAGCUCUCCGGUCUAUGUUCCCACUACCAGGGUUGGAUCUAUGCUUACACCCAUCUCAUACCUUCCUGGCAGUGGCCAUUCCCAGGGAUCCCACCCUGUGAGCAAUCACUCAGUGUGGUCCCAAACCGCUUCAGACAACUCCUCAUAUAACAGCAAUAGCCCACAUGCCUCCAGCAGAUACCAUUACUCUCCCAGUCCACCCAUGGCCAACGGGACCAACAGGGACGCUGGUUACAACAAUGGCAUCACCGUGAAUGGCAGAGAUCAAUAUAGCCCCUUGGCUCGGCAAAUAAACGGAUCGUACGCUAGUCCCUACUCGUCCUACAUGGCACCUCCUCUGACCACAGGCUGGCCUGCUGGACCCUUUGACAACUCCAUGCUACAUAGUCUUCAGGGCAGACCAGGGGGUAUCCCUAUGAGAGGGCAUCCUGGAGAUGUAUUGGAGGAGCUCCCAGAGAGCAGAGAGUGUGUGAACUGCGGCUCAGUGCAGACCCCCCUAUGGAGACGGGACGGCACCGGCCACUAUCUGUGCAAUGCAUGCGGCCUGUACAGCAAGAUGAAUGGCCUGAGCCGACCACUCAUCAAACAGCAGAAGAGAGUGCCAUCUUCUAGAAGAAUUGGCUUGGCUUGUGCCAACUGUCAUACUACCACAACAACGUUAUGGCGCAGGAAUACAGAGGGAGAGCCAGUAUGCAAUGCCUGUGGCCUGUACAUGAAACUACACGGGGUACCACGGCCACUGGCUAUGAAGAAAGACGGUAUCCAAACUAGAAAAAGAAAGCCAAAGAAUUUAAACAAGUCAAAAGGAUCCUCUAGUAAUGGUACCGGUAGCCACCAAAUCCCUAUGACUCCAACGUCCACAACGUCACCAACAAACUCUGAUGAUUGUAUAAAGAACGGUUCUCCUAACAAUCAGAGCACUGCUUCUGGGGUGGGGUCAUCCAUGAUGUCUUCACAGCAAAGUGGAAGCACCAGUCCAGAUAACAACACAUUAAAGUACACAGGGCAAGAUGGCCUGUAUUCAGCAGUUAUCUUGGGAUCCUCGCCUGAAGUUGGGGGAUCAGUCAGACAAGAUACAUGGUGUGCAUUGGCCUCAGCUUGACUUUUACCACCAGAAUGGUCUUGGCAACCCCCUCAUUCAUGAGUGCUUUUUAUAGCAAGUUGAUGGACUCUGGACCCUCAAUAAGCAUGUCCUUCAUUCCCAUAAAGAACAUUUCGUUCACUUUUUCAUUGUUAGUGUUUCAGUUCAAGUGGAGCUUUAUGGGGAAUGUAAUACUAUGCUCUUCAUCUAUGCAAGAGGCUUGAGUCUGAGAUACACACCUUCCUUAAUUACUUUCUAUAUAAACCAUCAUUGACCGAACGUUCAGACAUGGAUGAAUACAAUGACUGUGUUAGAUUUAAGCCUGUAUACUCCAGCACGCAUUGAGAAAUGCUGCCUUUUGAGAAGAAACUUGACCCAGUUUUAUUUUUAAGGUUUCAAAAUGGCAGAUUUUUUUUCCUGCUGCCUUAUCUACCAUGUUUGGUUGGAUCCAGUGUUUCAGUUCCUGUGAUAUUCUCAGCAAAGGUUUACAAUCACUCCUGUCACUACACCAAUCAGAAUACUUACAGCGGUUUCAAUAUAAGCUUCU